AUGCAUAGCCUUUCUAUUACAAAUACUUUACUUGGCCUUCUGGCCGUCGUUGGGGUCCACGCCGCGUAUCCCAUCACCAGUAAUACGGGCGGUUUCAACGUUACGGGACAGGGCGACGUGCCGGAUAGGUUGGAGAUCAACGUGUUCGCUGCUAGGGGGGGGCCGCAAUGGGAUUUGUUCGUCCUGUGCAUGGCCGAGAUCCAGGCACGACCACAGAACCAGAUAGACUCGUGGUAUCAAAUUGCUGGCAUCCACGGUCGUCCAUAUGCCGCGUGGGACGGGGUCGGGUCUGCCCCCGGUAGCCAUGCUGGGGGCUACUGCCCCCACUCGAGUGUCUUGUUCCCUACUUGGCAUCGACCUUACGUGCAGCUUCUCGAGCAAAACAUCUGGCAAUGCGCCCAAGCCCGCGCAGUCAAAUAUCCCACCUCGACCCGAACAUCCUACGUUAACGCGGCUGAGACCCUGCGGUUCACCUACUGGGAUUGGGUCGCCAACCCCGUGCUGCCCCCCAUCGUGACGCAACCGUCCAUCACCGUCACCGAUGUAUCCGGCAAGGUCACAAUCCCUAACCCGCUGUUCCAAUACAGCUUUAAAAACAAAAGGCCCGGCGGCCCGGGGACAUCCGACUUCCCGGGCUAUACGAGCGCACCGCAGAAAUACCAACAAACCGUCCGCCAGCCCAGUAAAUCCACCGGAGCCACCAACACGGCGGCCGCCAAUGCCGCCUUGCAGCGCCAGGCGGGCUAUCUGCACGACACGACGUACCUCAUCCUGACGCAGACAACCUCGUACGCCGAGAUGUCCAACAACGGGUACCAGGGUUCCACCACAGGCUACGGCUCUAUCGAAAACCCCCACGGGACUGUCCACAGCGCCGUCGGCGGCGUCGGGGGUCACAUGAGCUACCUGGACUAUUCGUCCUUCGACCCCAUCUUCUGGCUACACCACUGCAACGUCGACCGCAUCUUUAGCCUUUGGCAAGCGGUGCAUUACGACCAAUGGGACAUCAACCAGAGGACCAGCGCGGGCAGCUUCGCCGUCACCGCCAACACAGUCGAAACCGAGACCACGAAACUAUACCCCUUCUCCCAGGACAAGGCGGGUAACUUGUACACUUCAGUCGACGCGCGCUAUACCGUCGAGGACUUCGGCUACACAUACCCUGAGAUCCGCCCCUGGGGCAAGGAGCCCGAGGAGUUGGCUGCAGAAGUGCGGGCUAACAUCCGGGCCCUGUACGAUCCGAGCGGUAACCUCGACCGUCGGCGGCGCAGCAAGAAUGCCAAGCGCGCUGCCGCCGGUGUCGGUAAUGAUCUCGAGACCCGUGCCACUGACCCAAUCGACCCUUCCAAUGCCCUUGUGAACGGGAAAUACAAGUCGUGGUCUCUGAAUCUCGAAGUCGAUAAGUUCUCCCUUGAAAAGAGCUUCAACGUCUUCUUCUUCAUGGGUUCCCCUACGACCCACUCCUCGCAAUGGCUCUUUGACAACAGCCUCGUAGCCCAAUACCCCGUCAACCGGCCACAGGCGGAGGGGCUGACCACUCUAACCAUCUACGGCACGAUCCCGCUGACGCGGUCGAUGCUGCAUGCCGUCGACAACGGAGUGAUCGACAACCUGGAAGUAGACCAGGCGACGCCAUACUUAAAGAAGAACUUGGUUUGGCGACUGGCCGAUUACGAUGGCAAUGAGAUUGAGGUUGCUAAGGUGCCGAGUUUGAAGGUGUUUGUUGUAGAUCAGGAGGUCACCCCGCCCAAGGGGGCGUCAGACUUCCCGGAUUAUGGGGUCGUGACACCGCAUUUGAAUGUCACCCUGGGAAAGCUGGGGAGUGUGAUAGGCGGGGAUGGGAUUUUAGCGAAGAUUGGAUUUAAGGAGUUUGUGAAGUCGGUUAAGGGAACUGUGGGAGGUCGAUAG